AUGGAUCUUGCCAGCUUGAGAGAGGCUGCGGCCAACCUGACCUUGUACGAUAUCAAGGCCGGUGUGCGCAAAGUGCAGAAUGCUGUCAUGAAUUACACGCCAAUGGAGGCCAAGGUCAGAGAAGCUACAAAUAAUGAGCCAUGGGGUGCAUCUUCGACUCUCAUGCAAGAAAUUGCCACUGGAACACAUAACUAUCAACUCCUCAAUGAAAUUAUGCCCAUGAUCUACAAACGAUUCACAGAGAAGUCAGCAGAGGAAUGGAGGCAGAUCUAUAAAGCCCUCCAACUACUCGAAUUCUUGGUCAAGAAUGGAUCUGAACGAGUCAUUGACGAUGCGCGGUCUCAUCUCACGUUGCUCAAGAUGCUACGGCAAUUCCAUUACAUCGACCAAAAUGGUAAAGACCAGGGUGUGAAUGUGCGAAACAGGGCCAAGGAACUUGCGGAACUCCUCUCGGACGUCGACCGAAUUCGUGCAGAGCGGAAAAAGGCACGAGCAACUCGAAAUAAGUACUCUGGUGUUGAAGGUGGAACCGGUUUGGGUGGAGGUUUUUCAAGUAGCAGCAGAUACGGUGGCUUUGGAAGUGAAGAGACCAGUGGAUAUGGUGGAUAUAGUGGAGGUGUAUAUGGAGACGGAGGUGGAUUUGGAGGUCAGACGAGUGACUUCCAAGACUACGGGGGUCGAAGCGAUUCGGCGGGCGGAGGGCGAGAUCGAUUCGAAGAGUACGAUGAAUAUGAUGAGGGGGAGGUCGCGCCGCCAGGACGGAGACAGGCGGACGUUUCUGCAAGCCGACGGAAGACCACCGAAAGAGCUGCAAAAAAACCGGAGCCACCGAAGAAAGAACCAGAAGUUGAUCUCUUCUCAUUCGACGACCCAGUCCCAGCGGCCGCUCCUGCUGUUGCACCUACAGCAUCAAGCACAGCAGACGACGACGAUUUCGACGAUUUCCAAUCUGCCGCUCCAGUGCAACCAUCAGCUCCACCAUCCUUCCCUUCUAUUGCUCCCACAGCGACUACAACAUCUACCACUCAAUACGCCUCUCCCCAACCUGUUUCAGCCCCCAAAGCUGCCAACCUGACGGAUCUGGUUGGAUUCUCGUCAAUCUCGCCCACCCCAAGCAGCAAUGCUACGCCGGUCAACUAUUCCGCCUUUUCUCCUCCAGCUGUAGCUCAACAGCCUCGACCCGCACCUACAUCAUAUCAAGGCUCGCAGCCAAAUUACUACACCUCCGUUCAGGCUCCUCCUCAAUCAACCCCAUCUUCAACAGCACCAGGAGCCAAGCCAGCAGCCAAGUCCGGAACAGAUGCCUUCGGAUCUCUCUGGUCAACCGCCAGCGCUGGGAUCAAGAAGACAAGCGCUCCCACAACUACAGGUCCUGCCCUCGGACAACUGGCCAAGGAAAAGGCCAGUGCUGGUAUCUGGGGCGCCGGUUCAUCUUCGAACUCGACACCUGCGCCACAGCAACAAGGCCAGCAGAAACUCGGCGGUGGGCUUGAUGAUCUAUUGGGUUAA